AUGCACAUGCAGCUGCUCCCGGAGGACUUCGUCCUCAUGUUCGACCGCACCGACACAGGCCCCUCCAACAUCUCGCUGCCCGCGCUGGCGCCGUGCGCGGACACCGUCGACGGCGCCGACUGCACGGCGCACUCGGUGCUCCUGGACGUCCGCUCCAACGUGCUGCACCCGUACCCGCUCGCCACCAACCCGUGGUGCUCGUCCGGGGCGCUGCUCCCCAACGGCACGCUCCACCAGACCGACGGCUUCUCCAGCGGCGACCUCGUCGCGCGGCUCUUCUCGCCGGCCACGGGCUGGUUCAACCUCGAGUACUUCCCGCACGCCGACGCCGCGCCGCCACUGACGGUCUUCCCGUUCCUGGACGAGACAACGGUGCCGGACGCCGAGAAUAACCUGUACCCGUUCCUCCACCUGCUCCCCGACGGCACCGUCUUCGUCUUCGCCAACGACCGCGCCAUCGUCUUCGACCCCUACAACCGCGCCCCGCUCCGCCGCCUCCCGCCCGUUCCCGGCGGCGUGCCGCGGAACUACCCGUCGUCGGGCUCGUCCGUGCUCCUCCCGCUCCGCCCCGACGCGCCCGCGCACGCCGAGGUGCUGGUCUGCGCAGUGCGCCGCGGGAAGCGUACCACCUGGCGCUGCGGAACGGCACGUUCGUGA